AUGUUGAAUAACAGUAAUAGUAACAAUAACAACCAUUCAUAUGAUUAUAAUGGUAACAACAACAGCAACAGUAGUAGUGGUGGUAAUGGUACAAACAAUAACAAUAUCAACAAUAGUAACAGUAUUAAUAAUGGAGAUGGCUAUGAGAUGAACGAUUUCGAAGCCAGUCGGAAUCCAUUCUUUUUUUCAGGUGGCGAGUUCUCGCCAACCUAUUCAUCGAGCAUUCUCGACGACUACGACGACGAGGAAGAAGACAAAGAGGAUCAUUCGUUCAUCGAGGUGGAAUUCCUUCGAUCACCGUCGUCGCGCAAGUCAUCGACGAUCACCUAUCUCCUAAACAAACUCUCUCAGAAACGUGUGCGAAUGGCACUCUACACGCUGCUGAUCAUGCUCGUCGUGUUUGUCAUCUUUUUCAGUGUCUUCUUUGUACUGAGGAGUCACAUCAAGGACAACAACGAUAAUCACGUAAAACCACCCAUCUACAAUACACCGAGAGUCAAUCCCACCAUUGUCAUCUCGAUCGAUGGUUUCCGGUACGACUAUCUCGAGUGGGGACUGACACCGAACAUCAUGUCGCUUUACACCGGCGACGAUGCCGGCGUCAGGGCGGACUACAUGACACCGCAGUUCCCAUCGAAAACAUUCCCCAAUCACUACUCAAUAGCAACCGGACUCUACCCAGAGAAUCACGGUAUCGUAUCGAACACCUUCUACGACCCGGUCCUCAACGAAACUUUUUCACGUAGUUUGACCGACAAAAAAUGGUGGUGGGGUGAACCAAUUUGGGAAUCUGCAUCAAAAUCGAAUUUGAAUGCAUCUUGUUAUUUCUGGCCAGGUUGCGCUGCUUAUGUACCGCAAUACAAUGUCAGUCCUUUCAAGCCGACACCGGCCAGUACGGUUCUGGCGCAGGUGCUGAGUUGGCAGUUGAAUCAAAAGCCAAAUCUAACGAUGGCAUAUCUAUACGAUGUAGAUAAUGCUGCACAUCAGACAAAGGGUGGAGUCAAAUCGCUCGUUGUCAACAAUACGAUUGUCGAGGUCGACAAUGCCAUUGGAACACUACUACAAGGUCUAAAAGACAAUGGACUAUACGAAACUACCAACAUUAUCAUUCUAUCCGAUCAUGGAAUGACAAACAUCAUCGAAACAGUCGAUGUUACUCAAUAUAUCGAUAUGACCGCUACCUAUGUACCUGACACUACACCAAUCCUCUCUGUCUAUGAGAAUCAAGUUGGAGGACCACAAUUGAAAGAAGCUAAUCUACCACAUUUGAAUGUUUAUCUUAAAGAUGAAAUACCAGAUGCCUAUAGAUAUAAUAGUACAACUAGAAUUGCACCUUUGAUUGCCGUUGUCGAUGAAGGCUAUCAAAUUAUUUUAGAUGGUUCUAAAUCAUAUGUUGAUUAUGGUGAACAUGGUUAUAAUAAUACACUUGUAGAUAUGAGAGCGAUAUUCGUUGCACACGGACCAAAUAUAGUGAAUGGUAAAAAGAAUUUCAAUAUGCCAAAUACAGAGGUAUACAAUUUCAUUGCACAACUAAUGAAUGUUACCAAACCGGCACCAAACAACGGAACAAGCUUCCUUGUCGAUCUCAUUUACAAACCAAACAAACCAUAUUUAUCAGAUAAUGAUGAUACAAAAAUAAAUCUAUUCAAUUGUAAUAUCAAUUAUUUAGAUCACAUUGUCAAACAACAACAACAACAACAAUAUAGAGAUCAAUCUACUACUUCUAUAUCAUAUCUUCCUUGGUAUAUUGACAAUAGAUACUCUCUAUUCAAAUUGAAAUUCGAUAAUCAAUCAUUCAAAGAGAUACUUGAUUUAUUAAAAUCUAAUAAUAAUAAUAAUACUCUACCUAUUGAUAUCAAUCAAUUAUAUACACCACAAUUCUCAUUCUUUCUAUCAAAUAAUGAUUCAUCACUCUUCUCUAAUGAUAAUAAUAAUAACAAUGAUAUCACCUAUCAAAUAAAAACGAUAACGUCAAUAGAUAAUGUAAUCAAUCAAAGACUGAGGUUGAACAACCGUUACAGUGGCGUUUGUGCUCACUCUAAAGCUAAUCUUUUGACAAUCACCAAUCAACUUGAAAUACCUCUAAAAUUAAAGUUUGAAUCAAAUAUUAAAGAUAUUCAAUGGAAUCAUAAUAACUAUCAAUGUUUAUUAAUUAUUACUAGAAAUCAAAUUAAAGUAAUUGAAUGGAUAGACAUCACUCUGAAUAUAAAUAACUAUAAGAUUGUAGAGUACAAAGUUGAUAAUAGUGAUAAUAAUAAUGAUACUACAAUUAAUUCAGAUACCUAUUCCUUUUCAACAAUACAAUGGUGUAGCAAUGACUAUUUUAUAGUUACAGAUGAUAUAAAUAUAUUUAUAAAUAACAACAACAAUAAUAAUGAUAACAUAUCAUUAGAUUCUUUAUCAUUAUCUAAAAGUAAUAAUAAUAAUAAUAAUAAUAAUAAAAGCUUAAUAUCAAUAUUAAAAGAGAAUAAUAAUGAAGAUAAUAACAAUAAUAUUACAACAAUACCAAAUUUUAAUCGUCAAUCUCAAACAUCACUAAUUAGUUCAAUGUUUAUGAUACCCAAUGAUACUCAAAAUCAACAACCACAACAAUUAAAUAUAAUAAAUAAUAAUAAUAGUAAUGAAGAUGAUAAAGAUAAUGAUAAUCCAAAAAAAGAACAAGAACAACAACAACAACAACAACAAUCAUUAAAAUCUAAACUUUAUAUAUUUAGACAUAGUAACAGUGAUAAUAAUAAUAAUAAUUUAUCAUUACAAACAGAAUUGGUAUCUGACUAUAAAGUGAUUGAUUUAAUAACAUUUGAUGUAAAGACUUCUACACUUGCAAUAGCAUCCAAUCAAUCAAAUCAGAUAUCAUUAUAUUCUUUUGCUUGUGCCAAUGUAAACAAUAACAAUAAUAAUCUAAUAACUUUUCAAUCGACAAUAACUAUCAACGAUAGCAAUGAACUACCAAAACAACAAACAACAUCUUCUUCCACCUCUCCAAUACGUAUUAAAGGUAUACAAUCCAAUGAUAACGGUAUUAUAUUUAUAUUACGAGCAAUUAAGGCUGAAUCGAACUACAACAAACCAAAUAUAUCUAUUUCCUCUUCUCUAAAAUCAGAUUAUAAAGAUUUAUCACUUUUAUCACUUUCACUAUUAAAUAAUAAUAAUAAUAAUCAAAAUAAUAAUAAUAUAAAUAACUAUGAACUUUUAACAAAAAUAUUUGCAAAACUUGAAAAAAUAGAAAUAUUAAUUAAUGAUCAAUCAUCGCGAAUUGAUCGGAUCGAAUCAAAAUUAUCGACAUUGGACAACCUGAAAAAAUAA